AUGUCCUCCCUGUGGGAUUACUGGAACUCUUUGUUGGGAUCAGGCCACAGACCACACCCCCGACUAGAGGCUUCCAUGACUGUGGGCUCUGAUCUGGGGGAGAUGCGGGCUCCAGGAGUCAUUCAGAGGGAGCUGUGGCUGACAACAGGGGCCCUGGGGUGUCGAGGGCUGAGGACCACCUUGGGGUUCCCCCCACUGCUGCUGUGUGCCCAGACAAACCACUCCGUGGCCUGUUUUCCUCGCCUCCUGGCCCAUGUCCCUGAGCCCUGACAGGGGCUCUUAGGCAUGGAGGACAGUGGGGUGUCAUGAAGACAGUGUGGGUCAUCAUCCUUGAGUGGAUCCUGCUGGUGCCCAGGGUAGGGGCUGCCAGGAGAGGAUCCCCAGAAGAGGCAUCUUUCUACUAUGGAACCUUUCCACCUGGUUUCUCCUGGGGCGUGGGCAGUUCUGCCUACCAGACCGAAGGUGCGUGGGACCAGGACGGGAAAGGGCCCAGCAUCUGGGAUGCCUUCACGCAUGGCAGGAAGGGGCAGGUCCUGGGGGACGACACAGCCGACGCAGCCUGCGACAGCUACUAUCAAGUUCAGGAGGACAUUGCCCUGGUGAAGGAGCUACAUGUCAGUCACUACCGAUUCUCCCUGUCUUGGCCACGGAUCCUGCCCACGGGUGUCAGAGCUGAACAGGUGAACAACAGAGGGAUCCAAUUCUACAGUGAUUUCAUUGACGCCCUGCUGAAGAGCAACAUCACCCCCAUUGUGACCUUGCACCACUGGGAUCUGCCGCAGAUGCUCCAGGCCACAUACGGUGGGUGGCAGAAUGCGAGCAUGACCCGAUACUUCAGGGACUACGCUGACCUGUGUUUUGAGGUCUUUGGGGACCGAGUAAAGCACUGGCUCACAUUCAGUGAUCCCCGGACCAUGGUAGAAAAAGGCUAUGAGACCGGUCUCCACGCACCAGGCCUGAGGCUCCAGGGCACUGGUCUGUACGUGGCGGCACACCAUAUCAUUAAGGCACACGCCCAAGCCUGGCAUUCUUACAACACCAAAUGGCGGAGCAAACAGCAAGGCAUGGUGGGAAUUUCACUCAACUGUGACUGGGGGGAGCCUGUGGACAUCAACAACCCCAACGAUAUUGAGGCAGCUGAGAGAUACCUACAGUUCUGUCUUGGUUGGUUUGCCAACCCUAUUUAUGCUGGUGACUACCCCCAAGUUAUGAAGGACCACAUCGGAACAAAGAGUGCAGAGCAAGGCCUGGAGAUGUCGAGGUUGCCCACCUUCUCCCUUCAGGAGAAGAGCUACAUUAAAGGCACAUCUGACUUCCUGGGACUGGGCCACUUCACCACUCGAUACAUCACUCAAAGGAAAUACCCCUCCCACCAGGGGCCCAGCUACCAGAAUGACCGUGACUUAGUAGAACUUGUGGACCCUAACUGGCCAGAUAUGGGGUCUUCGUGGCUCUAUUAUGUGCCAUGGGGAUUCAGGAGGCUUCUCAACUUUGCCCAGACUCAAUAUGGCGACCCUCCCAUAUACGUAACAGAAAACGGAGCAUCUCAAAAGUUACACUGCACUCAAUUCUGUGAUGAGUGGAGAAUUCAGUACCUCAAAGGGUACAUAAAUGAAAUGUUAAAAGCUAUAAAUGAUGGUGUGAAUAUAAAAGGGUAUACUUCCUGGUCUCUGUUGGAUAAGUUUGAAUGGGAGAAAGGCUAUGCAGAUAGAUAUGGAUUCUACUAUGUUGAAUUCAAUGUGAGAAACAAGCCUCGCUACCCCAAGGCUUCAGUUCAGUAUUACAAGGAGAUCAUCACAGCCAACGGGUUUCCAAACCCACGAGAGGUGGAAAGCUGGCGUCUCAACGCUUUGGAAACUUGCUCCAUCAACAACCAGAUGCUUGCCACAGCCAAGCGGCGGUGGUGGUGCACACCUUUGAUCCCAGCAGAGCCAGGUGGAUCUUUAGCCCUUGCUUAGGCACAUGCACGUGGCUUCGGAGAUUGUGGUACCCACAGUCUGUGCCCUCUCCAUCCUCAUUGCUGCCCUGCUGCUAACACUCCUCCUCAGGAGCCACAGCUGAGAUGGGAUCUCAUCUCCACCUUCAUCUUUCAGAGAAUCUUCAGGAUCACACUUCUUUUCUGCUUCAAAAACUUAUGUAAUGUCUAUUUUUUAGGCUCUGAAAAUUACCUUUCUCCCGGCUUCUUUUUUGGUUUGUGCUGGAAUUUAAGAAUCAGAAAAUAAAAAUAAGCAUAAAUAAAAUGAAAGUGACCUGUAAUCUCAA